AUGGUCCGGUUGCCAGGCCGGAUGUCCAAGAAACCCAUGGACAGCGAAGAGCUGGUCACGGCCGGCCCCAACCCUGACCAAAAACUGAACCGGGGACGCAGCGGAAAGUGCGGGGAGGCGGUCGAGAUGCCAAUUGACCAGUGGCGGGCGCAAGCGGCGGAGACGUACGGCACGGCGCUGAUCACGGGGUUCCUCAAGAAAAAGAAGAGGAAGAUGCCGGAACCGCCGGCGUCCGCGAUGCGGAACAAGCUGGUCGGCCCCGAGCCCACGCCCCUAGAAGGAAUGGGGGAACUCGCACCCCCGCAGUCCAAACCCCUUGGGUCGAUGCUGCGGCCGGCGCCAACUGCAGCAGCGGCGGAACUAGCCGCCGGCGAGGAGAAGCUGUCGUCCAAGUCCAGGAGGAAGCCCGCGGCAAAACCUAAGGAGCCGCCGGUGCCAAAACCUGAGGGGCCGCCGGAAGAGGCUGCGGCCGCGCAAGAGGAUGAAGAGGAGCAAGAGCGCCGGCGGAAGUGGAAAUUACAAAAGGUGGAUGAAGCUGAGCCGGAGCCUGAGCCAGAGCCUGAGCCUGAGGGUGCGAGGGGGGAAGAAACCGAGGAGGCGAUCUCGGCAGAAGAGCUCCUCCAACUUCGGCGAAAGCAUGUCGCGAAGGACCCGUGGUCCAAGGUCCCGGAUGAGGACGAAUUGGAGGACGACAGUUGGCUGCAGAAGGCGUUGGGGUCAGCGCGUUAUCCCUUGAGGAACCGGAGGGGGAGAGCAGAAACCCAUGGGUCGGUGAAGCAGAAGGGGGGCGCGGCAGCGACAAAGAGCGAGUCGGACCCAGCCGCCGCUGCGGAAAAACCUAGAGUCCCGUCGUCCCUGCUAGGGAUCACUCCCAAAGAGAUGGACCGGCGGGUCAAGCGGUUCAGCCGUUGA